AUGAAGCAAUACCAACCUCCAAAUCUCAUCGGAAGAUUAUCUACGAGUAGUACUCGUUCAGAUCACAGUCUCGAUCUCUUUCCUCCUCGCCGGUGUCUUCUACGUCCAUACAACAGCACCUGCAACAAAACGUCUGCGAGAAACGACAACGUCUGGAUUGGAAGAAGAUUAUUGCAUUGGAUAUGGCGUGACGGACCUUUUAGAAAGAGCGGGCCAUUAAGCCAUGCACAUGGAAAUUUUACAAUUGACGAGAGGUGUACAGCAGUUUCAGCUGUUAAGUUCCUCUGCAAGAGUGUGGACGAGUACGAGAGACGAAGGAAGAAGAGAGCUUUUGGGAAUGGAUGUGACCUGUUAUUCCCGCGGUGGUGCACGGGGCCAGGUUUCCUCCUCCGGCAUCCCAUUCUCAAACUUCAAAGUUACCACACCGUCCAAGCAAUACCAAGAGAGUGCACGGGCAACCGGGUCUCGGCCCGGGAUCGGGCUCAGGGGAGAAUUCCCGCCGUCGUUUUUGCUCAAAUCCUCCUCGACAAAAACCCUAGCUCCCGCUCCCUCUCCAGGAAGCAGCUAUUAACGUCGGAGAGAAAGCAGAUUCAGUGUAUUCUCAAGUCUGUCGAUCUCCCUUUCUUCUGCUCGACCACAUUCCCGCUCCAGAUACGCGCUGGGUCUGGGUCAUCCGUUCUCCUUGAACCCGGAAAUGUCCUCCCUGUCAAGAUUCAUAGGGAUGCAGAGACAGGGAAGAUACUGAAUUUGGUGUUUGUUUGGGCGGAUGAGGGAACAGAGUUGAAGGUUGAUGUCCCUGUUGUAUUCAGAGGACAAGAGGAUUGUCCUGGUCUAAAGAAAGGGGGUGCUCUGAACAUGAUAAGAACUAGUCUAAGAUUCCUUUGCCCAGCGGAGUAUAUUCCUCAAAAAAUUGAAGUGGAUGUCAGUAACUUAGACGUUGGAGACAGAAUAUUCAUGCGUGAUAUUGAGAUUCAUACAUCUUUGAAGCUUCUGAGUAAAAAUGAGAACAUGCCUGUUUGUAAGAUUGUGCCAACAACUUUAAAAAAUGCCGAACCUGCAAUUGAAGAGGAACUAAAGCAUGAUGCUGGUAACACUCUGGCAAAUUUCGUGUGCGACUCAAAUCUUGUAGCGACCUUAUUAAGGGACUGCUAAGGUUUGGGAAGCAUAAGCAGACGAAGGGAACUGAUGUUUUAAGGUAGUAAAAAAUACGUCGAGCCCUCUUUGUAGUGUGCUGGUGCAGUAUUGAGUAUAUCCCUCCAUCUGCAUUACUUUAGCAGGCAGAAAAAAUGUUACAAAUAUCUAUAUUUUUGUUUUUCUUCAUGGUUGUAUUUGGUGGAUGUGAUAAAACUUUGUCAAUAUUUUGUUUGCUAGAAAUUCGUGAACUCUUUAGGGUUGCUCUUGAUUUUCAUUAGCAAUGAAGAGGAUUAUGCUUAUAACAUCUGUUUUA